GACAGAGAGGGGAGGAAUAGAGAGGAGGGAGCGUGGAGUGAGAGAGCAGGAGAGGAGGGGGAGAGAGAGUGAGAGAGGCGAUCAGGAAAUCAUCCCCGAAACGCUUUGGCUUCGCGAUCCACGCUUCAUCCUACAGCCGAGAGUCUGCUUGUGCUAACCCAGAGCCCGGCAAAACUAUUGGCGAGACCCCCAGGCCCGGAGGCCGCGACAGAAACUCUCUUUCACCAUGGCAGGAGCCGGAGGCGGGAGCAACGACGUGCAGUGGUGCUUCUCGCAGGUGAAGGGGGCCAUCGAUGACGACGUGGCGGAAGCUGACAUCAUCUCCACUGUGGAGUUCAGCCACUCGGGGGAGCUGCUAGCCACAGGAGACAAGGGCGGCCGCGUCGUCAUCUUCCAGCAGGCGCCAGAGAACAAGAGCCAACCACAGUGCCGAGGCGAGUACAAUGUUUACAGCACCUUCCAGAGCCACGAACCCGAGUUCGACUACCUGAAGAGCCUGGAGAUCGAGGAGAAGAUCAACAAGAUCCGAUGGCUGCCCCAGAAGAACGCAGCGCAGUUCCUGUUGUCCACGAACGAUAAGACUAUAAAGUUGUGGAAGAUCAGUGAACGAGACAAGAGGCCAGAGGGCUACAAUCUAAAGGAAGAGGAUGGUCGGUACAGAGACCCCUCCACCGUCACAACACUACGGGUGCCGGUGUUCAGACCCAUGGACCUGAUGGUGGAGGCCAGCCCACGGAGGGUGUUCGCCAACGCCCACACCUACCACAUCAACUCCAUCUCCGUCAACAGCGACUACGAGACCUACCUGUCAGCCGACGACCUCCGCAUCAACCUCUGGCACCUGGAGAUCACGGACCGCAGCUUCAACAUUGUGGACAUUAAGCCUGCGAACAUGGAGGAGCUGACGGAGGUGAUCACGGCGGCCGAGUUCCACCCAAACCAGUGCAACACCUUCGUCUACAGCAGCAGCAAAGGCACCAUCCGUCUCUGUGACAUGCGAGCUUCAGCACUCUGUGACAAGCACUCCAAACUGUUCGAGGAGCCCGAGGACUCCAGCAACCGCUCCUUCUUCUCAGAGAUCAUCUCCUCCAUCUCCGACGUCAAGUUCAGCCACAGCGGCCGCUACAUGAUGACGAGAGACUACCUGUCCGUCAAGAUCUGGGACCUGAACAUGGAGACGCGACCUGUGGAGACGUACCAGGUGCACGAGUACCUCAGGAGUAAGCUGUGCUCCCUCUACGAAAAUGACUGCAUCUUCGACAAGUUCGAGUGCUGCUGGAACGGUAACGACAGCGUGGUGAUGACGGGCUCCUACAACAACUUCUUCCGGAUGUUCGACCGGGGCCAGCGGCGGGACGUGACGCUGGAGGCGUCGCGGGAGAACAGCAAGCCGCGGGCCGUGCUGAAGCCCCGCAAGGUGUGCGCCGGCGGCAAGCGCAAGAAGGACGAGAUCAGCGUGGACAGCCUGGACUUUAACAAGAAGAUUCUGCACACGGCCUGGCACCCGCAGGACAACAUCAUCGCCGUGGCAACCACCAACAACCUCUACAUAUUCCAGGACAAGCCCAAUUAGGAGCCGCACCAUCAGGAACCUCCCACGCCCCCCCCACCCCUCACCGCACUGCACCACACCUCACUGGCCCUCCGGGUCUGGGUCUCAUGCGUGCUCACCACUACUGCCCCCCCCCCACCUUGUUCUCCAUCAGCUGCACUGCC